GCGCAGUGACGUCGGAGCUCGUCAUCGGUCCUGACACUUUGUGGGCGGAGCUCGGGGAGUCGGAGCCGGGGAUCUUGUGAGGAGCCGGCGGGUGAUCAGUGCGGAGCAGUCGGACGGGCCGCGGGGUCACAGCUCUCGGUAUCCCGUGUGGUCUUUAUAUAGGAUAUUCCCGGCAGUGAGGCAGCGCCCCCCGGUGGAUGUGACUGGUAGGACACUGGUAUGGACUGGCCCCUGUGGACAUCGCUUUGUGGUGGGCGGGCACAGCGCCCUCUGCUGCUCCUCUGAGGUACUGUACAUAGUGGAGUGCCAGCUCUUGGGCCCAGAGACCUCGUAUUGAGGGGUCAUGGAUGUUUGGUCCCGCAUCGUGGUCUGGAUACUCUGCGCCUCCUUCCUCCAGCAUGGACAGGCGGAGAAGCCCACCGGGGCCCCGGCCGAGGAGUCCCUGCAUACAGAGUUCUGCCGUAUUGACCCGCUCCUGUGUCACAAUGCGGAGGAGCUGCUGAGCUUCGAGGCCGUGGUCAAUAUCCACAAACAGAUGGACGAUGACGCCAAUGGGAACGUGGAUGUGGAGGAGAGCGACGAG